UUUGGUGAUGCAUCUGUUAAAUACACGAGCUUUGGUCGGGCGUGACGUCACGUUUGCAUCAAAUCCAAGAUGGCGAACAUCCGGUGUGUCAAGGGUAUGGUUGGUCUAGUGACCGGUGGGGCCUCAGGUCUGGGACGGGCCACAGUGGAGCGUCUGGUGCAGAGCGGAGCAUCGGCUGUCAUUCUGGACCUGCCCUCCUCUGAUGGCAAAGCUCUGGCUGCCAGUCUGGGGGACCAGUGUGCCUUCGCUCCAGCAGAUGUGACAUCAGAGGCAGACGUGCAGUCGGCUGUGAACUUGGCGAGAGAGAAAUUUGGUAAAUUGGACCUAGCUGUUAACUGUGCUGGUAUCGCCGUGGCGGUCAAAACCUACAACUUUCAGAAGGACGUCCCUCAUAGCCUGGCGGACUUUCAGCGUGUCAUCAAUGUGAAUAUUGCUGGAACUUUCAACGUCAUCCGCCUGGCUGUGGGAGCGAUAGCCAAAAACGAGGCGGACACAGACGGACACAGAGGGUGCAUCAUUAACACCGCCAGCGUGGCAGCUUUUGAUGGACAGGUUGGACAAGCAGCGUACUCGGCUUCUAAAGGUGGCAUCGUUGGAAUGACCCUUCCCAUUGCAAGGGAUCUAGCCCCUUUGGGCAUAAGGGUCAUCACCAUAGCACCUGGUACUCAAAGCGCUUUGACACUACUUCCACAUUUACCCAUUCACACACACAUUCACACACUGAUGGAGGGAGCUGCCAUGCAAGGCGCUAACCAGCACCCAUCAGGAGCAAGGGUGAAGUGUCUUGCUCAGGACACAACGGACAUGACGAGGUUGGUACUAGGUGGGGAUUGAACCAGGGACCCUUGGGUUGCGCACGGCCACUCUCCCACUGCGCCACGCCGUUCCCAAAAUCAGAUAUUAGGUGUGCAUGUAAGUGUGGUUCGCCAUUACCAAUUAAUGCCAAUCUCUUUUGGCUGACACCGUAUUUAUUUUUAGUCCACCGGGUGACGAGCGACUUGCAACUAAUUAUGUAUCUCCAUACACAGUGUGGAGACGCUUCCUUAGGCUAAAAAUAAUCCAUAACAUUAGGGCAAACAAACCUACAUUUCUUAAUAUCUUAAAUGUCAUUAUCAAGUACCAUUAUCAAUGGAGGACAAAGCUAAACAUGUUACACAUCGAGAGCAAGCCAGAAGCAGGCAUGCAAAGCUAGCAAAGUUUAAUACUAACUAAGCUAACCGCUAGGCUAGUUUUAAACACCACCAAUUAAUAAGUGCUUAGAAAAGUAAGCAACUAUUAACUGGAAAUUAACAACUAGAUUAAUAAUAAUAAUGAAUAAUAUGUCAGCAUUGCCACAGUCAGUACACUACGCGUAAGAGGAGGGCGGAUCAACCCACACAUUGGUGGUGUCGUUACCAAGGAUAGUAUCAGUAUAUGAUCAAUACUAGUGACUAGGUCGAUAUUUAUUUUUUCUCCAAAUAUUUUUUAUUGUUUUUGUUAACAUUUACAAAUUCCGGGAAGAAUUCUUUGGACACAGGAGGACUUUGAGGGCAAAAAAAACAAAUAAUCAAAAUUAAUAAUAAAGUUUUUACUUUUGUUUUGUGAAUUUGUACUUUUGACUUUGAUUGGCUCAAAUAAUUGUAUGUAAUGAAAGAAAAUAAGGAGCUAAUUUAAAUAUGUUGUUGCCAUUGUUACACUGUCAAAAACACUCUUCAUAAAUACAUUUAAAAAUGUACAGUUUAUGCAUGUGAUCGGUAUUGGCAUUUUCAAAUAAUGGCGAUCAAUGAAGUCAUCAAACAUAUAAAUCAGUAAAAAAAUGUGACGAAUGAAAGGUGGAUUUAUCGAACAUUGAUUAAAAAAGUAUUCAUUUUGUACUAAAAAUGUUUGGAUAGAAAAUAAUGA